UUAUGUAUUUGUGGUAGUGGUGAUUGUUGUUUUGCAAGCUUGUUUCCUAGAGUUUAAUCAAAAAAUACAAGUCAAUCGUGGUUUCUAAGAAUUUGAUAAUGUUCAAGAGCAAGUAAUUAAUAUCAAAGUAUUAGUUUUACGUGGUGAAGCGAGGGUACGCAAGUACUAUGUCCUCUCAUUUGACAGUUGAGAUCCGUCAUAGCGAAAUCCCUGAUAUCGCUAUGACAGGAGCAGACGCGGAUUCUACUCAAACAAACGCUCACGAAGCUGGUUCAAGUGCAAACACAGAUGAUGCAUCCUCAAGCAAUGGAGCAACCUCUGCCAGUGGUGACGGACAUACCUCUAGACAGUCCAACUUACAGAGAAUACAACAACGGAAGCAGCAAAUUUACAACUGGCCACAUAACAAGAAACUACUCAAACUGGCAAUUUAUUCAAUAUGCCAAACCCCAGAGUGUAACUGCACUGGUUGGAAGGCACCAACAACCCAACAAAAUCCCAAGGAAAACAUCCGUGCCGACAGUCAGUUAGCUGGAAACUUUUCUGAACCUUGCAGGCAUUGCAAGCACACACUAGAAAAACAUGUAACACACCUACAAGGGAUGCCUGUUGCUGAAAUAAAUAGACUCCUAGGAGCUAUAAUUGAUGCUGAAAAUAUAUUCAUGUCUAUGCACAGAGAGACUGAUCAUGACACUAAAAGAAUCUAUUGUUACUUAUUUAAACUUCUCCGUAAAUGUAUUCAAACUCACUCUCAGCCAAAAAUAGAAGGGCCUCUUGGUCAGCCACCAUUUGAAAAGCCCUCGAUAGCAAAAGCUAUUACAAACUUUGUUCUGUACAAAUUUAACUCUUUGCCGCAAAGAGAAUGGCAAACAAUGUAUGACUUAGCCAAAAUGUUCCUACAUUGCCUGAAUCAUUGGAAUAUUGAUUCUCCUGGCAUCAAAAAAUUGGAAGUAUCAGACCCAGAAGAGUUAUCUACUUACCAAAUCAAUUAUACCAGGUGGUUAGUAUUCUGCCACGUGCCGGCGUUCUGCGACGCGCUGCCGCACUUCGACACGACGCUGGUGUUCGGGCGGACGAUGCUGCGCGCGGUGUUCAAGUCUGUGUGCCGACAGCUCAUGGACAAGUGCCACUUGGAGAGGGACCGCAUGCCGCCGGAGAAGCGGGUGUUGGUUCUCAAUCACUUCCCAAUAUUCCUGAGUCUUCUAGAGGAAGAAAUUUUCAACAGCGAGUCGCCGAUAUGGAACUUGGACUACAAACAAAUGCCAACAGCUCAACUACAAGCUAUUCUCGAUAAUAAGUCGCCGGGUAGACGCGGCGAGUUUGAACGAGUUACACCAUCAGGCGAAAGCAAAGAUGGCUUCACAACUAUUUCAUUGUCUUCCGGUUCAAUAAAGCAGGAGGGCGGCAAGCGCGUGGCGGAGUCCCGCAGCGACGCCGGCGGCAAGCGACGGCGGCUGGACGACGCCGACGACGUCAGCGAGCGGACCGUCGCCGAGAUCGUCGCCACCAUCACCGACCCCAACUACAUGUGCGGGCCCGACGCUCUAUUCCAAAUGCAAGCGCCGAGAGAUGAGGCGGCCAAGUUGGAAGAGCAGAGGAAACUCAUAGAGUUCCACGUCAUUGGCAACUCCUUGACCGGGCCGGUUAAUAAGCAGACCAUGCUGUGGCUUAUAGGUUUACACAAUGUAUUUUCGCACCAGCUGCCCGAAAUGACGAAGGAGUACAUAUCUCAAUUAGUUUUUGAUCCUAAACACAAAACCCUGGCUCUCAUUAAAGAAGGAAGACCGAUUGGUGGAAUUUGCUUCCGAACAUUUUAUUCACAGGGUUUCAGUGAGAUCGUGUUUUGCGCGGUGACGUCCAACGAGCAGGUGAAGGGCUACGGCACGCACCUCAUGAACCAUCUCAAGGACUACCACAUACGGGCCAACAUACUGCACUUCCUUACCUUCGCUGACGAGUUCGCUAUAGGUUACUUCAAGAAGCAAGGGUUCAGCAAGGACAUAGCGUUGCCCCGCGCGAUGUACGGCGGCUACAUUAAGGACUACGAGGGCGCCACGCUCAUGCACUGCGAGCUCAACCCGCGCAUCGUGUACACACACUUCACCGCUGUCAUACGACGACAGAAGGAGAUUGUAAAGAAACUCAUCGACUUGCGACAAAAAGAGGUGCGGAAAGUACACCCCGGACUCACCUGUUUCAAAGACGGUGUCCGCAGCAUACCUGUAGAGAGUAUACCUGGUGCGCGCGAGGCGGGCGUGCGAGCGACGCGCGCGGCCCCGCCCCCUGCCGACUUUGACCCCGCCCCGCUGCGGCAGGUGCUUACUGCGGUGAAGAACCACGCGGCGGCGUGGCCGUUCGUGAAGCCGGUGGACAAGGCGGAGGUGCCGGACUACUACGACCACAUCAAGUAUCCCAUGGAUCUGCGCACGAUGGGCGAGCGACUCAAGGCGCGCUACUACGUGUCGCGGCGGCUGUUCGUGGCGGACAUGACGCGCAUCUUCACCAACUGCCGUCUCUACAACUCCCCCGACACGGACUACUACCGGUGCGCCAACACCCUUGAGAAGUACUUUCAGGCGAAGAUGAAGGAGGCGGGGCUGUGGGACAAAUGAUCCAGGUACACCUUCGUCGAGCUCAUCAUGCGCGACCUCACCGACCCCGCCCCCGGCCCCGCCCCCCGCCCCGCCUCAGGCCCGGCCCCUUACGCCAGAGAUGAGUAAACGACAGCCCUGGAUUUAUGUAAAGGCAGCAUAGGCUAUGACCUAUGGGCGGCAACGUCCUAUGAUGGCGGCAGAGUUCGUACAUAAGGGCGGCGAAAGUGGCCUAUACUCAUAAAAAUUAAUAAUCCGGCCCUGGUGAACGAUAUAGAUAAAGUUGUGUGUGUAAUGUUGAGUGAUUGUGGAAAAACAGUGUAAACUUUUGUGUUAAAAAAUUUUGGAGGAUGUGGUUGAAACUUGAAACCCACUUGUAAGAUUAUUAUUGAUAUCUUAUUGAUAUUCAGGUGAAAGGGCUAGUUUAAAUGGAGUAAGGACUGUUUUAUGCUACUAAUGAGGAAAAUCUUUUUUUGUUUUGCAGUAAUAAUGUUCUAAAAUAUUUUAUUUAGGGUAUACUAGGGCAGAGACCGGCAGAGUCGAAGCGCAUCGAAGCGAAUUAUUAAAACUGAACAUAACAAA